AUGGCCGUCAACCUUCCUCCCGAACUCAAACGUGCCGCUGAGCUGCCUCCAAUGGUGACCGACCAAUACGUCUUCUUCUUCUUCGGCUACGAAGGCCCCGUGCCCGAAGUCUGCUUCCAGCAAUGGUACCCCUCACCCAUCUACGAUACCAGCGACAAAGGCGAACACCUAUCCUUCCCGACCUCCGACCACUACAUGAUGUACCACAAGGCUCUGCUCAUGGGCGAUACCACCGUGGCCGCCAAAAUCCUUGCCGCUCCGCAUCCAUCGGAGGCGAAGGCGCUGGGCCGGCAGGUCAGCAACUUUGAUGAGGCGAAAUGGAUGGAGAAGUGUGAUGCGAUCGUGACGAGGGGGAACUAUCUGAAGUUUCGGCAGAGCGAGAGGUUGAGGUUGAUUCUGCUUAAUACGGGUGAUAGGGAGAUUGUGGAGACGAGCCCGAAUGAUCGGUUCUGGGGUAUUGGAUUUGACACAGAGAAUGCGGAAAAUAACGUGGGGAAGUGGGGAGAGAACAGGUCGGGAAAGGCGUUAAUGAAAGUUAGGGAGAUGUUAAGGGGCUAG